GUGAAGAGCUCUCCCUGGACCCUGGAGGCAGCAGGUGUUCUCUGCAGAGAUCUGGACUGUGGCUCUGCUGUUUCUGUGGGAGAGAGAGAGGAGUCCUCAAAGAGAUCCGUUUGGAGGAUCAGAUCUGGCUGUGUUGAGUCUGCAUCUGCUCUGAGGGAGUGUUUAUUAGCAAGUUCCUCUUCCCACUUCCUGACUCUUACCUGUUCAGACUCUGUCAGGCUGGUGAAUGGGACCGGUCUGUGUUCAGGUAGACUGGAGGUGAACUCUAACCAGUCUGACCCGUCCUGGUCCUCAGUGUGUGAGGCUGACUUUGACCAGCAGGAUGCUCAGGUGGUCUGCAGGCAGCUGGGCUGUGGGGCUUCUUCAGUCCUCCAGGGGGCGCUCUAUGGAGAAGGGGAGGCUCCAAUGGGGACCAAAGAGUUCCAGUGUGGAGGCCAUGAGUCUGCUCUCCUGGACUGUAGCUCAGCCUCAGAGAGAAACACCUGCUCACCUGGCAGCGCUGUUAGCCUCACCUGCUCAGAGCCUGAUGAGGUCAGACUGGUGGGAGGAGAGAGUCGCUGUGCAGGAGCUCUGGAGGUGAAGCAUCAGGGAGAAUGGAGAACAGUGUGGGACUCUCCCUGGACCCUGAAGGCAGCAGGUGUUGCCUGCAGAGAGCUAAACUGUGGCUCUGCUGUUUCUGUGGGAGAGAGAGAGGAGACCUCAGAGAGACGUGUGUGGGGGAUCAGACCUACCUGUGCUCAGUCUGCAUCUGCUCUGAGGGAGUGUGCAGCAGCAAGUUACUCUUCCCACUUCCUGACUCUUACCUGUUCAGACUCUGUCAGGCUGCUGGGGGGGACCAGUCUGUGCUCAGGUAGACUGGAGGUGAAGUCUAACCAGUCUAACCAGUCUAACCCGUCCUGGUCCUCAGUGUGUGAGGCUGACUUUGACCAGCAGGAUGCUCAGGUGGUCUGCAGGCAGCUGGGCUGUGGGGCUCCUUCAGUCCUCCAGGGGGCGCUCUAUGGAGAAGGGGAGGCUCCAAUGGGGACCAAAGAGUUCCAGUGUGGAGGCCAUGAGUCUGCUCUGCUGGACUGUAGCUCAGCCUCAGAGAGAAACACCUGCUCACCUGGCAGAGCUGUUAGCCUCACCUGCUCAGGUAGAAGAUUCAAAGAGCCGGUCAGACUGGUGGGAGGAGAGAGUCGCUGUACUGGAGAACUGGAGGUGAAACAGGGAGAAUGGAGAGCAGUGAAGAGCUCUCCCUGGACUCUGGAGGCAGCAGGUGUUGCCUGCAGAGAUCUGGACUGUGGCUCUGCUGUUUCUGUGGGAAGGAUUAAGCAGUCCUCAGAGAGACCUGUGUGGGAGAUCAGAUCUAAAUGUGUUGAGUCUGGAUCUGCUCUGAGGGACUGUGCAACAGCAACUUCAUAUUCCUACUUCCUGACUCUUUCCUGUUCAGAGCCGGGUGAGGCUAAGCUGGUGGGAGGAGAGAGUCGCUGUGCAGGAACUCUGGAGGUGAAGCAUCAGGGAGCAUGGAGACCAGUGAAGGGGUUUCCUCCCUCUACCCUGAAGGCAGCAGGUGUUGCCUGCAGAGAGCUGGACUGUGGCUCUGCUGUUUCUGUGGGAGAGAGAGUGGAGUCAUCAGAGAGACCUGUGUGGUGGAUCCUGUCUGCCUGUGUUGAGUCUGGAUCUGCUCUGAGGCAGUGUGCAUUAUCAGGUUCCUCUUCCCACUUCCUGACUCUUACCUGUUCAGACUCUGUCAGGCUGGUGAAUGGGACCAGUCUGUGCUCAGGCAGACUGGAGGUGAACUCUAACCAGUCUAACCAGUCUGACCCGUCCUGGUCCUCAGUGUGUGAGGCUGACUUUGACCAGCAGGAUGCUCAGGUGGUCUGCAGGCAGCUGGGCUGUGGGGCUCCUUCAGUCCUCCAGGGGGCGCUCUAUGGAGAAGGGGAGGCUCCAAUGGGUACCAAAGAGUUCCAGUGUGGAGGCCAUGAGUCUGCUCUCCUGGACUGUAGCUCAGCCUCAGAGAGAAGCACCUGCUCACCUGGCACAGCUGUUGGCCUCACCUGCUCAGAGCCGGUCAGACUGGUGGGAGGAGAGAGUCGCUGUGCAGGAGCUCUGGAGGUGAAACAUCACAGGGAAUGGAGACCAGUGUGGGUCCCUCUCUGGACCCUGAAGGCAGCAGGUGUUGCCUGCAGAGAUCUGGACUGUGGCUCUGCUGUUUCUGUGGGAGAGAGAAAGUCCUCAUUCAGACCUGUGUGGGGGAUCCUGUCUGACUGUGCUCGGUCUGGAUCUGCUCUGAGGGAGUGUGCAGUAUCAAGUUACUCUUCCAACUUCCUGACUAUUGCCUGUUCAGACUCUGUCAGGCUGGUGAAUGGGACCAGUCUGUGCUCAGGUAGACUGGAGGUGAAGUCUAACCAGUCUAACCCGUCCUGGUCCUCAGUGUGUGAGGCUGACUUUGACCAGCAGGAUGCUCAGGUGGUCUGCAGGCAGCUUGGCUGUGGGGCUCCUUCAGUCCUCCAGGGGGCGCUCUAUGGAGAAGGGGAGGCUCCAAUGGGGACCAAAGAGUUCCAGUGUGGAGGCCAUGAGUCUGCUCUCCUGGACUGUAGCUCAGCCUCAGAGAGAAACACCUGCUCACCUGGCAGAGCUGUUGGCCUCACCUGCUCAGAGCCGGUCAGACUGGUGGGAGGAGAGAGUCGCUGUGAGGGAGCUCUGGAGGUGAAACAGGGAGAAUGGAGAACAGUGAAGAACUCUCCCUGGACCCUGAAGACAGCAGGUGUUGCCUGCAGAGAACUCGACUGUGGCUCUGCUGUUUCUGUGGGAGAGAGAGAGGAGUCCUCAGAGAGACCUGUGUGGGGGAUCAGACCUGACUGUGUUCAGUCUGGAUCUGCUCUGAGGGAGUGUGCAACAGCAACUUCCUCUUCCCACGUCCUGACUCUUACCUGUUCAGACUCUGUCAGGCUGGUGAAUGGGACCAGUCUGUGCUCAGGUAGACUGGAGGUGAAGUCUAACCAGUCUAACCCGUCCUGGUCCUCAGUGUGUGAGGCUGACUUUGACCAGCAGGAUGCUCAGGUGGUCUGCAGGCAGCUGGGCUGUAGGGCUCCUUCAGUCCUCCAGGGGGCGCUCUAUGGAGAAGGGGAGGCUCCAAUGUGGACCACAGAGUUCCAGUGUGGAGGCCAUGAGUCUGCUCUCCUGGACUGUAGCUCAGCCUCAGAGAGAAACACCUGCUCACCUGGCAGAGCUGUUGGCCUCACCUGCUCAGAGCCGGUCAGACUGGUGGGAGGAGAGAGUCGCUGUGCAGGAGACCUGGAGGUGAAACAGGGAGAAUGGAGACCAGUGAAGAACUCUCCCUGGACCCUGAAGACAGCAGGUGUUCUCUGCAGAGAGCUGGACUGUGGCUCUGCUGUUUCUCUACGAUUGAGAGAGGAGUCCUCAAAGAGAUCUGUGUGGGGGAUCAGUCCUCAAUGUGUUGAGUCUGGAUCUGCUCUGAGGGAGUGUGCAGCAGCAAGUUCCUCUUCCUACUUCUUGACUCUUACCUGUUCAGAGCCGGUCAGACUGGUGGAAGGAGAGAGUCGCUGUGCAGGAACUCUGGAGGGGAAUCUUCAUGGGGAAUGGAGACCAGUGGGGGGCUCUCCCUCUCUCUGGACCCUGAAGAUAGCAGAUGAUGUCUGCAGAGAUCUCAAAUGUGGCUCUGCUGUUUCUGUGGGAGAGAGAGUGGAGUCCUCAGAGAGAUCUGUGUGGGACAUCAUGUCUACCUGUGUUCAGUCUGGAUCUGCUCUGAGGCAGUGUGCAGAAUCAAGUUACUCUUCCCACUUCCUGACUCUUACCUGUUCAGACUCUGUCAGGCUGGUGAAUGGGACCAGUCUGUGCUCAGGCAGACUGGAGGUGAACUCUAACCAGUCUAACCCGUCUAACCCGUCCUGGUCCUCAGUGUGUGAGGCUGACUUUGACCAGCAGGAUGCUCAGGUGGUCUGCAGGCAGCUGGGCUGUGGGGCUCCUUCAGUCCUCCAGGGGGCGCUCUAUGGAGAAGGGGAGGCUCCAAUGGGGACCAAAGAGUUCCAGUGUGGAGGCCAUGAGUCUGCUCUCCUGGACUGUAGCUCAGCCUCAGAGAGAAACACCUGCUCACCUGGCACAGCUGUUAGCCUCACCUGCUCAGAGCCUGUUUAUUUUAAGCUUGUGGGAGGAGAGAGACGCUGUGCAGGAGAACUGGAGCUGAACCAUCAGGGAGAAUGGAGAACGGUUUUCCUCCCUGGACCCUGGACCCUGAAGGCAGCAAAUGUUUUCUGCAGAGAUCUGGACUGUGGCUCUGCUGUUUCUGUGGGAGAGAGAGAGGAGUCCUCAGAGAGACCUGUGUGGGGGAUCAGACCUGCCUGUAUUCAGUCUGGAUCUGCUCUGAGGCAGUGUGCAGCAGCAAGUUCCUCUUCACACUUCCUGACUCUUACCUGUUCAGACUCUGUCAGGCUGGUGAAUGGGACCAGUCUGUGCUCAGGUAGACUGGAGGUGAAGUCUAACCAGUCUAACCAGUCUAACCCGUCCUGGUCCUCAGUGUGUGAGGCUGACUUUGACCAGCAGGAUGCUCAGGUGGUCUGCAGGCAGCUGGGCUGUGGGGCUCCUUCAGUCCUCCAGGGGGCGCUCUAUGGAGAAGGGGAGGCUCCAAUGUGGACCACAGAGUUCCAGUGUGGAGGCCAUGAGUCUGCUCUCCUGGACUGUAGCUCAGCCUCAGAGAGAAGCACCUGCUCACCUGGCAGAGCUGUUAGCCUCACCUGCUCAGAGCCUGAUGAGGUCAGACUGGUGGGAGGAGAGAGUCGCUGUGCAGGAGACAUGGAGGUGAAGCAUCAGGGAGAAUGGAGACCAGUGGAGAGCUCUCUCUGGACCCUGAAGGCAGCAGGUGUUGCCUGCAGAGAUCUGGACUGUGGGUCUGAUGUUUAUGUGGGAGAGAGAGUGGAGUCCUCAGAGAGACCUGUGUGGAGGAUCAGUCCUCAAUGUGUUGAGUCUGGAUCUGCUCUGAGGGAGUGUGCAACAGCAGGUUCCUCUUCAUACUUCCUGACUCUUUCCUGUUCAGAGCCGGGUGAGGUUAAGCUGGUGGGAGGAGAGAGUCGCUGUGCAGGAACUCUGGAGGUGAAGCAUCAGGGAGCAUGGAGACCAGUGAAGGGGUUUCCUCCCUCUACCCUGAAGGCAGCAGGUGUUGCCUGCAGAGAGCUGGACUGUGGCUCUGCUGUUUCUGUGGGAGAGAGAAUAUCCUCAUUCACACCUGUGUGGGAGAUCCUGUCUGACUGUGCUUGGUCUGGAUCUGCUCUGAGGGAGUGUGCAUUAUCAAGUUACUCUUCCAACUUCCUGACUCUUACCUGUUCAGACUCUGUCAGGCUGCUGGGGGGGACCGGUCUGUGCUCAGGCAGACUGGAGGUGAACUCUAACCAGUCUAACCAGUCUGACCCGUCCUGGUCCUCAGUGUGUGAGGCUGACUUUGACCAGCAGGAUGCUCAGGUGGUCUGCAGGCAGCUGGGCUGUAGGGCUCCUUCAGUCCUCCAGGGGGCGCUCUAUGGAGAAGGGGAGGCUCCAAUGGGUACCAAAGAGUUCCAGUGUGGAGGCCAUGAGUCUGCUCUCCUGGACUGUAGCUCAGCCUCAGAGAGAAGCACCUGCUCACCUGGCAGAGCUGUUAGCCUCACCUGCUCAGAGCCGGUCAGACUGGUGGGAGGAGAGAGUCGCUGUGCAGGAGACCUGGAGGUGAAACAUCACAGGGAAUGGAGACCAGUGUGGGUCCCUCUCUGGACCCUGAAGGCAGCAGGUGUUGCCUGCAGAGAGCUGGACUGUGGCUCUGCUGUUUCUGUGGGGGAGAGAAAGUCCUCAUUCAGACCUGUGUGGGGGAUCCUGUCUGACUGUGCUCGGUCUGGAUCUGCUCUGAGGGAGUGUGCAGUAUCAAGUUACUCUUCCAACGUCCUGACUCUUACCUGUUCAGAGCCGGUCAGACUGGUGGGAGGAGAGAGUCGCUGUUCAGGAGCUCUGGAGGUGAGGCUUCAGGGGGAAUGGAGACCAGUGGAGAGUUCUCCGCCUUGGACCCUGAAGGCAGCAGGUGUUGCCUGCAGAGAUCUGGACUGUGGUUCUGCUGCUUCUGUGGGAGAGAGAGAGGAGUCCUCAGAGAGAUCUGUGUGGAGGAUCAGAUCUGCCUGUGUUCAGUAUGGAUCUGCUCUGAGGGAGUGUGCAGCAGCAAGUUCCUCUUCCCACUUCCUGACUCUUACCUGUUCAGACUCUGUCAGGCUGGUGAAUGGGACCAGUCUGUGUUCAGGUAGACUGGAGGUGAACUCUAACCAGUCUAACCAGUCUGACCCGUCCUGGUCCUCAGUGUGUGAGGCUGACUUUGACCAGCAGGAUGCUCAGGUGGUCUGCAGGCAGCUGGGCUGUGGGGCUCCUUCAGUCCUCCAGGGGGCGCUCUAUGGAGGAGGGGAGGCUCCAAUGGGGACCAAAGAGUUCCAGUGUGGAGGCCAUGAGUCUGCUCUCCUGGACUGUAGCUCAGCCUCAGAGAGAAACACCUGCUCACCUGGCAGAGCUGUUAGCCUCACCUGCUCAGAGCCGGUGAGACUGGUGGGAGGAGAGAGUCGCUGUGCAGGAGCUCUGGAGCUGAAGCUUUGGGGAGAAUGGAGACCAGUGAUUGGUUUUCCUACCUGGACCCUGAAGGAAGCAAAAGUUCUCUGCAGAGAUCUGGACUGUGGCUCUGCUGUUUCAGUGGGAGAGAGAGUGGAGUCCUCAGAGAGAUCUGUGUGGGGGAUCAGACCUACCUGUGUUGAGUCUGAAUCUGCUCUGAGGGAGUGUGCAGCAGCAAGUUACUCUUCCUACUUCCUGACUCUUACAUGUUCAGAGCCGGUCAGACUGGUGGGAGGAGAGAGACGCUGUGAGGGAGACCUGGAGGUGAAGCAUCGGGGAGAAUGGAGACCAGUGGGGGGAUUUAACUCUCUCUGGACCCUGAAGGCAGCAGGUGUUCUCUGCAGAUAUCUCGACUGUGGCUCUGCUGUUUCUGUGGGAGAGAGAAAGGAGUCCUCAUUUAGACCUUUGUGGUGGAUCAGACCUACCUGUGUUCAGUCUGGAUCUGCUCUGAGGGAGUGUGCAUUAUCAGGUUCAUUUGACCACUUCCUGACUCUCACCUGUUCAGACUCUGUCAGGCUGGUGAAUGGGACCAGUCUGUGUUCAGGUAGACUGGAGGUGAAGUCUAACCAGUCUAACCCGUCCUGGUCCUCAGUGUGUGAGGCUGACUUUGACCAGCAGGAUGCUCAGGUGGUCUGCCGGCAGCUGGGCUGUGGGGCUCCUUCAGUCCUCCAGGGGGCGCUCUAUGGAGAAGGGGAGGCUCCAAUGGGGACCACAGAGUUCCAGUGUGGAGGCCAUGAGUCUGCUCUCCUGGACUGUAGCUCAGCCUCAGAGAGAAACACCUGCUCACCUGGCACAGCUGUUAGCCUCACCUGCUCAGAGCCGGUCAGACUGGUGGGAGGAGAGAGUCGCUGUGCAGGAGACCUGGAGCUGAAGCUUCGGGGAGAAUGGAGACCAGUGAUUGGUUUUCCUACCUGGACCCUGGAGGCAGCAAGCGUUCUCUGCAGAGAACUCGACUGUGGCUCUGCUGUUUCUGUGGGAGAGAGAGAGGAGUCCUCAGAGAGAUCUGUGUGGGGGAUCAGACCUGACUGUGUUCAGUAUGGAUCUGCUCUGAGGGAGUGUGCAGCAGCAGGUUCAUCUUCCCACUUCCUGACUCUUACCUGUUCAGACUCUGUCAGGCUGGUGAAUGGGACCAGUCUGUGCUCAGGUAGACUGGAGGUGAAGUCUAACCAGUCUAACCAGUCUAACCCGUCCUGGUCCUCAGUGUGUGAGGCUGACUUUGACCAGCAGGAUGCUCAGGUGGUCUGCAGGCAGCUGGGCUGUGGGGCUCCUUCAGUCCUCCAGGGGGCGCUCUAUGGAGAAGGGGAGGCUCCAAUGGGGACCACAGAGUUCCAGUGUGGAGGCCAUGAGUCUGCUCUCCUGGACUGUAGCUCAGCCUCAGAGAGAAACACCUGCUCACCUGGCAGAGCUGUUAGCCUCACCUGCUCAGAUCCGGUCAGACUGGUGGGAGGAGAGAGUCGCUGUGCAGGAACUCUGGAGGUGAAACAUCGGGGAGAAUGGAGACCAGUGGGCAUUAACUCUCUCUGGACCCUGAAGACAGCAGGUGUUCCCUGCAGAGAGCUCAACUGUGGCUCUGCUGUUUCUGUAGGAGAGAGAAAGGCGUCCUCAAAGAGAUCUGUGUGGAGGAUCAGACCUCAAUGUGUUCAGUCUGCAUCUGCUCUGAGGGAAUGUGCAGUAUCAAGUUCCUCUUCCCACCUCCUGACUCUUACCUGUUCAGACUCUGUCAGGCUGGUGAAUGGGACCAGUCCGUGUUCAGGUAGACUGGAGGUGAAGUCUAACCAGUCCAACCCGUCCUGGUCCUCAGUGUGUGAGGCUGACUUUGACCAGCAGGAUGCUCAGGUGGUCUGCAGGCAGCUGGGCUGUGGGGCUCCUUCAGUCCUCCAGGGGGCGCUCUAUGGAGAAGGGGAGGCUCCAAUGGGGACCACAGAGUUCCAGUGUGGAGGCCAUGAGUCUGCUCUCCUGGACUGUAGCUCAGCCUCAGAGAGAAACACCUGCUCACCUGGCAGAGCUGUUAGCCUCACCUGCUCAGAGCCUGAUGAGGUCAGACUGGUGGGAGGAGAGAGUCGCUGUGCAGGAACUCUAAGCGUGAAACAUCGAGGAGAAUGGAGACCAGUGGAUGGCUCUUCCUAUCCCUGGAACCUGAAGACAGCAGGUGUUGGCUGCAGAGAACUCGACUGUGGCUCUGCUGUUUCUGUAGGAGAGAGAAAGGCGUCCUCAAAGAGAAUUGUGUGGAGGAUCAGACCUCAAUGUGUUCAGUCUGGAUCUGCUCUGAGGGAAUGUGCAGUAUCAAGUUCCUCUUCCCACCUCCUGACUCUUACCUGUUCAGACUCUGUCAGGCUGGUGAAUGGGACCAGUCUGUGCUCAGGGAGACUGGAGGUGAACUCUGACCACUCUAACCAGUCUAACCCGUCCUGGUCCUCAGUGUGUGAGGCUGACUUUGACCAGCAGGAUGCUCAGGUGGUCUGCAGGCAGCUGGGCUGUGGGGCUCCUUCAGUCCUCCAGGGGGCGCUCUAUGGAGGAGGGGAGGCUCCAAUGUGGACCAAAGAGUUCCAGUGUGGAGGCCAUGAGUCUGCUCUCCUGGACUGUAGCUCAGCCUCAGAGAGAAACACCUGCUCACCUGGCAGAGCUGUUAGCCUCACCUGCUCAGAGCCGGUCAGACUGGUGGGAGGAGAGAGUCGCUGUGCAGGAGACCUGGAGGUGAAACAUCAAGGAGAAUGGAGACCAGUGUGGGACUCUACCUGGACCCUGAACACAGCAGGUGUUGCCUGCAGAGAUCUCGACUGUGGCUCUGCUGUUUCUCUAGGAGACAGAGAGUCCUCAAAGAGAUCUGUGUGGUGGAUCUGUCCUCAAUGUGUUCAGUCUGCAUCUGCUCUGAGGGAGUGUGCAGUAUCAAGUUCCUCUUCCCACUUCAUGACUCUUACCUGUUCCGAGCCUG